GCUGUGUAUGCAGUGGCUAGACUUUAGCAAAGCAGAGAAGGCUGUGUGUGGGGCAUCUUGCAGUGCUGUGCUGGAGGAAGGUUACAGUAAGUUGACAGUACUUGGCAGUUGACAGUGGUUCUACUAGCUAACAGAAGUUGUAGGAAACAGACUAAAAACAGACUGCAUCUCUCCGAGCGAGCUCCAUAUGCAGUAGAUAGAGAAGGCCACAGGGCAGGGGUAACAGUGUAGGACAAUUCUUAGGUUGACUGGAGGUAGACUGGGACCAAUAGUGCAAGUACUGCAGCCAUGCAACACCUGUUGCACCAGCCACUGCUUCUCAAUGGAAACAAAUACCUGCAGCAGAAGUGGGACAAGGCCUCCUAUGAAAUGCAUCUGAGAAAGGUCAAAUCAGCGAAACCCACCAUCGACACAACUGCACCUAAAACCUAUGGUCACCUUGCCCUCAAAAUGAAGAAACAAAAGUUUCAGGAGCAAAGCAUGUCCAAAAUUCAGAGGGAAAACAAUAUGCUGCUUGAGAAAAUAUCUCACAUCAUGAGGACUACUGGUCGCAUCGACAACAGGAACGACUAUGAAAACAAAAGUCUCUGCAGAGAGAUGCAACAGCAGGAGUUGCUCCGUAUCACCAAAGAUAACCAGUUGAUCCUUCUUCGUCUGACCCAGUGCCAGCCUCACUACAGCAUUAAGGACUGGCAUGAGGACUGGCUCAAGACAAUCAAGCUCAUGGAGAGCAUUGCACGAUAUCCACGAAGAGUUAGUGACUAAAAGGGACAAGGCCAGGCCAGUAAUGAAGAGCAGCAACACUGAGACUGAAGAAAAGGACAGUCUUCAUGCGGAACAGAGCUCACACAGCAGCAUCACUCACAAUGGCAAAAGGGGAGUGUGAGGAAGAACCUGAUCAACAGGAAGAGGAGGCGGGCCUGUAGGAAACACCUAAGUCAUCUGACACACCAAAGGUCCUACAUCUGAAAGUCCCCCAAUACCUGAACCCCCUCACACACCUGACACACUAAGCACAUUAACAGACCUGACUCCCAAGUCAAAGACUGAGAAUAGGUGUAAGCACAAGGACAUUAAGAAGGGGUAAAGUAAUUUGUAUAUUUGGUAGAUUAUUUACAUUUGCAAUGUCUCCAGAUGUUAUUUGAAAAUAUAUUACUGGCUUGUAGUAUUAAAGGAAUUUAUAACUUCUCGUCUUGGGAUCAGAUGCCUUUGCCACCUUUAUGCGAAAUCAAUGCACAAUGCAUGUUAGCUACACAAUAAAUAGUUGUCAAAACAAAGGUUCAAUCA